GCUGAAAGAGGAAAGGGGGAGGGGAAGCAGCUGCGGCCUGCAUCUGAUGAAGAAGAGCUGAACAGAGAUGCUUCGCUUCGGUCAAGUGUUGAGGAGCUACUGCAGAAGCUUGCUGAGUUCUGCUGUAAAUGCUAUGAAUUUCCUUCUCAUAUUCCUCUACUGGCAAGGGGUGAGCACAGAUGCAGCUUCCUCUCCUUCAGUUGCCAACUCAGCUGUUACACCAGAGACUGACUAUGCUGUCACAUAUCAUGAGACCAUAGUAUCUAAAGGUCAUGUCAUCGUUCAGGAGCUUGAAAUCCUGAAACCCCAAAAAAUAGAGCUUUCAUGUAUCAUAUCUGACAUUCCAAAUAAUCCCACGCACAUAAUUGGCUACUGGAAAAAAAAUGGCAAUGAAAUUGAAAACUCCAAGCAAACUGUAUACAAAGUCGACAAACAAAGGUUUAUCUUUAAAAGGAUCUUCAAUAUACAGGUCAACGACUUGGGGAACUACUCCUGUAUCUUCAGCUAUUUGGACAAACAGGAACAAGUCACUUUUCUUUUAAAAGUGCCAGUAAUGAAAGAUAAACGAGACAAGCCCAUUGUGAGCUAUGUCGGCGAUUCGGUCGUACUGGAUUGUAAGAUCAAGCGCAUGCCCAACACCUGGCAGUGGUAUAAAAGCAACGGGACUGAAAAGGUACUUAUUAAUGCAACCGCCGACCCUAUGAACUACAAGAUCCUCUUGGAAAAAAACGUAACCAAACUGACAGUGCUGAAUCUAACUGAGGAAGAUGCUGGGAAAUACAUCUGCAGCGCGGUGUUCGAAAUCAAAUCCAGCGAGUCGCACGUGUAUCUCAAAGUCUUGUCCCUCAUCGAGCCCCUCAAACCCUUCAUUGGCAUAACGAUUGAAGUCGUCAUCCUUGUUACGCUCAUUCUUCUCUACGAGAGAUACGGCCGCAGUAGAAAUGACUCCUCUGUUGUCACAGAGAACGGACCGAACUGUGAACCAACCGAUAAAUUAACGCAGGACGACAGCAGUGGAACUGAUGGGCGGAGGACAAGACAAAGAAACUUGGUACACUAAUAUAACAGUUCCUUCCUUCCUCAGUAAUCGUAUUGGUUGUCGUUUUGAAACUAUAUUAUUGGUUCUGUUAACGGAAGACAUCAUUAUCGUCCUCUUGAUGAAAUUUGGGUGCUAUGGGUGCUAGAGCAGUGGUGUCUUAGAUAUAAUUUAUCAAGCACCCUCAUCUUGCAUGUUUGUUUGAUUCUCAUUUAGCAAUACUUAUAAACCAAAGCAAUAUUAUAUAUAAAAAUACACACAAUCUUGGUAUCAUGUAAAUAUAUUGCGCUAUAUUCCAUCUCUGUGCUCUUGCUUGAAGUGGCUAAACUUAUAAACUGUACUAACCUAGCAACAUUCUUAAACUGUAUGGAUUUUCAAGGUCAGCUACUCUCUCAGCUCUGGAAGCAAAAUAUUUAAGGGUUUAUGUACAGAACAAUGCAUUGUGUACAUACUUUAAGUCUUUUUUUAAAAAUAAUUAAUUUGAUUACUAUCAGGCUUUGCAUCUUUACCAUUCCCUGGAUUUGGUACUGAAAAACUGGGCAUUUUGUUCACAAUGUUAUAAGGAAUCCUAUAGCUUUCAAAAUGCAGAAAAUUAAGCUGAUCCUUUAACAUCAGAGUGCCUCUAAAAGCUAUACACAUUGUUCUCCAAUGAAUAUUUUCUAUUGCCCAGCUUUAGAAAACUACUGGCUAAUAAAGAAUAAUAGUGAGUGUAGUGAGUGGAGUUGUGUGGUGGAUCACAACUUGUAUAAUAAAGGCAAGAAAGAAUGA